CAACUCCCUGAAAACUCAUGCCAAUUUUCCCUGCAAACAAACAUCUGCCGAGAAAUAAAAGCAGUUGAGAGCAGCCAGAACCAGAAAGUCCACACGCGACCAUUUAUUUCCACUUCCCAAACCCCAUCUCCCUCACACUCCUGCAAUAUCAUCUUCAUCUUCAUCUUCCACAACCCUGUCGUCUUCUUUAUUUUCUAUUCAAUUUUCUUAAACUCAUAAUACUGGACCACCACUCAACCAGUCUUCUCUCUGACCCUCGAUCGAUUCCGCCCGAUGGGGUUCUUGAGGCGAAUAGCGGGUUUUCUAGGAAUUGUCAAGGACGAUCACGAACCCAAAGACGAAGACGACGAGAACAACAACAACAACGAUGAGAAUUCUGAUUCUCAGGCCCAUAAUCGGGCCCAUUUCCAAGAUACCGGGCUCCCUCGUAGAGGCUUCGGCGUGCCAGUCCAGGUCGUCGUCGACCGGCCCCAGCUCGGUCCAGUCCUCGGUCCCUGUAACCCCGGCGACGGCGGCGUCCAGGGUCUGAGAUGGUAUGCAAAGCAGCUGAGGAUAGAUGAAGACGGAGAUGUAGCAGACGAGUUCCUCGACGAGGUCCUGCCGGAGACGUCAACCAAUACAGAAGAUCGUCAAAGGCCAUUCCCGAGGUUUGAAGUUAAGUACAGUACAAGGCCGGCCAAAGUGAAGAACCUGGGUCUGUCGCGUGAUGGGAAAAUUCAACAGUGUGUGGAGCACCAAGGCAGAUUGCAGUGGGCAUGAAGUACCUUGAAAAGAGAUUGAUCAGGCUUAUUGGGUGGUAGGGUUUGUUUAGGCCUCAGCACAAGUAUGUUGUCUGUUGGUUUAGAAAGAACAGUAAUUGUUUGUCCUGUAUGGAUUGUGGACCCUGCUGCAACCCUUCGUAUCAAUGUAGAUGUGUUAUUCUUA